UUGAACAACAAACACAGAGCACAAAUGUCUGGUGUAUCUCUUGCGGUGGCUCCUAGGAGCGAGCCAGAUCGAACCGUGGCACCCGGCGGCGAAAAAACCGACCACCAAAAAUUUCGCCACCACCUGCAGCAGCAGCAACAACUAGCGGUGAGUGGUGUAAUGGGGUCGUUGCGUUUGAUCGAACUCCAAUUAGUAGCUUUCAUUAUGGUUUUCUCUGUCAGCGGCCUAGUGCCGCUCCUCGAUUUAGUCUUCCCGGCUUUCAUCUCCGUAUACCUCAUCGCCCUUUCCCGCUUCGCCUUCCCGUCCUUCGGCCGAUUAUCCACCGACGGCUCGCAAGAGAUUUUCAAUGGCAGCAAAAUGUUUAAGCUUUAUGUGAUUCUGGGAACCACCAUAGGGCUUCUGUUGCCGUUGGCCUACGUCUUGGGUGGGUUUGCGAGGGCCGACGAGAACGCCGUUCGAUCGGCGACACGUCACUUGUUCUUGCUUUCAUUUCAAAUACUAACGGAAAAUGUAAUAAGUGGGCUGUCGUUGUUUUCGCCACCGGUGAGAGCACUGGUGCCAUUGCUAUAUACUGGUAGGAGAAUCUUUGUUAUACUUGACUGGGUGCAGGAUGCUUGGCUCAACAAAACUCUGCCGAAGAAUGCACCAUCCAAGGAUGUUGCAUGGGAAUGGUUAGGGAGGUGGCUGGCCGCUGCAAACCUAUUGUAUUUCUCCAUCAAUAUGUUAUGCUUUUUGAUCCCACAAUUCCUCCCUCGUGCAUUCGAGAGCUAUUUCAGGGACACAGAUGAGCUUCAUAGGAAGAUGUCAGAGGAUAAGCGUGCCACUUCACCGGCAAACAGGAUUCGACCGACGAUAGAUAGGAAACUGGAUUGAAUCCCUUUGAUCCUCUCGCAUUAUCGUCUGUUGCCGGUUCAAUGCGUUGCAAAACAGUUGGUAUUGAGAACAAAGUAAUAUUUCCAUUUUCUUAGUAGAUAUUUGGGGUUAAAAACAGACAGAACGAGUUCGAAUUAAUUCUCGUUUAUUUACUUCUAUCCAUGUGAGGGAAAGAAACGACGUCUCUUUGGGAUCGAACAUCAAUUGCAAGGAUUCGAUAGAACGGAGUAAAUAAAACGAAGGGAAAUGAAAGCAGUAAAGCAGG